AUGGAGUUCCGCGCGCUGGCACUGCCGUUCAUCCUGGCACUGCGAAUAUCUUCUCUUGCUUCUGGGAACAAGCUUCAGCCCCAUAUGCCCAACGUCUGCGCGGAGCGGGAGCUGGCGAUGGUGGGGCAGCGGCAGCCGUGCGCCCGGGCCUUCACCCGCACCGUCAAGGUCUGGAAGCAGGACUGCGGGGGACGGCAGUGGUGCGCGGGCUACGAGCGGAGGACCGCGUAUUACACGGGCUACAGGCAGGUGUACAAGGUGAAACACCAGACCACGUACAGGUGUUGCCCGGGCUGGUCCCAGCGCGGGGGGGAUGCCGGCUGUCUCUACCCUGUCUGCGGUUACGGGGUUUGUUUCAACGGUGGAAAUUGCGUAGAGGGAUCUUCGCAGCUCUGUCAUUGCUCCUCUGGUUUCCAGGGACCUCGCUGUCAGUACGAUGUUGAUGAGUGCCAGGUCCACAACGGGGGCUGCCAGCACAGAUGUGUGAACACUCUCGGAUCUUAUUACUGUGAGUGCAAGCCCGGCUUUCGCCUGCACACAGAUGGCAGGACCUGCCUUGCUGUGAACACGUGUGCCCUGAACAAUGGUGGCUGCGAACACGACUGCGUGCAGGUGACGCUGCUGCAGCAUCAGUGCCGGUGCCGGCACAAUUACCAGCUGCGGGAGGACGGCAAACGCUGCGUCUUGAGGAACCCCUGCACCGACAGGAACGGGGGCUGCAUGCACCGCUGCCACAACCACCGCGGAACAGCCCGCUGCGAGUGCCACCCCGGCUACCGGCUGGCGCCCGACAACAGGGCCUGUGAAGACGUGAAUGAGUGCCUGACUGGACUAGCCAUGUGUGCACACCAGUGUCUCAACACUCGCGGCUCCUUUAAGUGUACCUGUAACCUGGGCUAUGAGCUGGGGGCAGACGGCAAGCAAUGCUACCGGAUAGAAAUGGAGAUUGUGAACAGCUGUGAAGCCAACAACGGUGGCUGUUCCCAUACAUGCCACCACACCAGCUCUGGCCCAGUCUGUACCUGUAACUUUGGCUAUCGGCUUGAAGAGGACCAGAAGACAUGCACUGAUAUCAACGAAUGUGACAAUGGUUCUCACUGCUGUCAGCAAGAUUGUUACAACUAUCCUGGGGGCUACGAGUGUGCCUGCUAUGCUGGAUACAGGCUCAGCACGGACGGCUGUGGGUGUGAUGAUGUGGAUGAGUGCUCGUCAAACGUCGGUGGAUGCGAACACACGUGCCAGAACCAGCUCGGCUCUUUCCAGUGCGGCUGCGAGAUCGGGUACAAACUGGAUGAGGACCGAAGGAGCUGUGUCUCCAUAGAGGACCCUGUGGAGGCUCUGGAUGGUCAGCGCCCCGUUAUCCGCCCAAUCCCCCAUGUUGCAAUCCUGCGAGAUGAAUUUACGCAGCUCUUUAAUGAUGACUAUGAAGAGGAGGAAGAGAUGGAAGCAAGAGGAGAGCACACGCUUUCAGAAAAAUUUGUCUGCCUGGAGCACACGUUCGGCCCCGACUGCAGCCUGACCUGUGAGGACUGCCAGAACGGAGCCACAUGCAACGCGGAGGAGACCGGCUGUGACUGUCCGGCAGGCUGGACCGGCGUCCUCUGCAACCAGACCACCGGCGCCUGCCGCUGCCCACCCGGGGUGGCCGGCGAGCUCUGCCAAGACGGAUGCCCUAAAGGAUUUUUCGGGAAACAAUGCAGGAAAAAGUGCAACUGUGCCAACCGGGGUCGUUGCCAUCGGAUUUACGGAGCCUGUCUGUGCGAUCCCGGCUUAUACGGACGGUACUGCCAUUUAGGGCCAGCGCUGGGGGGGGCCGCCCCCUGCCGCUGCAAACCCGGCUUCCGCGGCAAGCGCUGCGAGACCAACUGCGACCCCGGCUAUUACGGGGAUGGCUGCAAGAAGAAGUGUAGCUGCCCUCCAGAAGUGUCCUGUGACCAUGUCACCGGCGAGUGCUGGAAGGAGUGUCCCCCAGGCUACCGUGGGGAGAACUGCGAUCAAGAGUGUCCGGAGGGGACGUUCGGGGCGGGCUGCCGGCGGUCCUGCCGCUGCGGGGGAGCGCCCUGCGACCGGAGCUCGGGGCAGUGCCUCUGCCUGCCCGGCUGGACCGGACACGACUGCGGCCAAGCCUGCCCGGAGGGUCGCUGGGGACUGGGCUGUCAGGAGAUUUGUCCUGAGUGUGCCAACAACGCCAGCUGCCACCCUGCCUCGGGAGCCUGCCUGUGCCCGCCCGGCUACACCGGCCCUCGCUGCCAGGACGUGUGUCCGCCUGGCUGGUUCGGCCCAGACUGCCAGCUGAGCUGCAGCUGUGGGAACGACGGACAUUGCCAUCCCGUGACGGGGACGUGCAGCUGCCCGCCUGGCUGGAUGGGGUACAACUGUCAGAGAGCCUGCGACGCCGGUCGCUGGGGCGCCGACUGUGCUCACGCCUGCAACUGCAGCAACAGCGACGGGAGCUGCAGCGCGGAGACGGGGCAGUGCGCCUGCGAAGCCGGCUACACGGGCGGCCGCUGCGAAAAGAGGUGCCCGGCAGGAUGGUUUGGGCUGAACUGUCGGCACCAAUGUCAGUGUGACAACGGGGCUGCCUGCGACCACGUCAGCGGCGCCUGUACCUGCAGCCCGGGCUGGCGAGGAACCUUCUGUGAGCAUGCCUGUCCUGAUGGGUUUUACGGACUGGAGUGCUGGGAAGCCUGCGACUGCCUGAACGGCGCCCGCUGUGACCAUGUCACAGGCCAGUGCCACUGCCCCCCCGGCUGGGCUGGUCCCCGCUGCGGCCAGGCGUGCCAGGAGAACAGGUACGGCGAGAACUGCAGCCAGACGUGCAACUGCUUCAAUAACGCUACCUGCAACCACGUCAGCGGCCGAUGUCUCUGUGUGGCCGGGUGGACGGGAGCCACGUGCCAGCAAGCGUGCCCGGUGGGUUUCUACGGGAGGAGCUGCCGCCAGCGCUGCCUCUGCCAAAACGGUGGCACGUGUGACCCUGUCACGGGGCUCUGUGCCUGCGCCGAGGGCUGGACGGGGCUGGCCUGCGAGCUGGCUUGUCCAGAGGGGCUGUUCGGGGCCCGCUGUGAGGAGCAGUGCGACUGUGGGGACAACGUGUCGUGCCAUCACGUUACCGGCGCCUGCGAUUGCCCCCGCGGCUGGCGGGGCCGGCGCUGCGAGAAAGCCUGCCUGCCCGGUUCCUUCGGGAAGGACUGUGCCGGCCGCUGCGCCUGUCCCCUGGGAGUGCCUUGCGAUCACGUCACCGGCCGGUGCGGCUGCCUGCCGGGCUUUACCGGCUCUGGAUGUGAAAAAUCCUGCCUGCCAGGGACCUUCGGUGAGGGCUGUGGGCAGAUCUGCCAGUGUGCCGGAGCCACCCAGGAGUGCCACCCGGUCACCGGGGCGUGCGUCUGUGCCCCCGGCUUCCACGGUCCCACCUGCCAGCUGGAGUGCUCCCCUGGGUGGUACGGCCACAACUGUGAAAGGCCAUGCAAGUGCAAGAACGGGGGUCUGUGUGACAUUACCACAGGGAUGUGCCACUGCCCGGCCGGCUACAUCGGCGCUGACUGCGGUGUGGGGUGUCCUGCCGGUCGCUACGGUAAGGACUGCGCACGGCUGUGCUCCUGCGGGGACGGCGCUACCUGUCACCCCGUCACCGGAGACUGCGUUUGCCCACCGGGAAGAGCUGGUCCCACCUGUGAGCGAGGCUGCGACUGCGAGCACGGCGCCGGCUGUGACCCAGCCACCGGUCGCUGCCAGUGUCCCGCUGGGCUCCGUGGCGAGCGCUGUCAGACAGGCUGCGAGGAAGGAACGUACGGCGAGGGAUGCCAGCGGCUCUGCGACUGCGUGGGUGAUGUGCCCUGCGAGCCGGCCACGGGGCGCUGCCUGUGUCCCCCGGGGAAAACCGGCCUCACGUGCGGCUCAGACUGCCGACCCACCACGUACGGCCCCGACUGCAGCCUGCCCUGCCAGUGUGCCCCCGGCAGCUCCUACUGUAACGCGCGGAACGGACAGUGCCUCUGUCUGAGCGGGUACAUGGGACCCACGUGUCGGGAAGCCGUGCAGCCCCCGGCGCCCACCGGGUCACCCCCUCCCCAGGGGGGGCUCCGGCCGGUCGAGCACUAG